AUGACACUCCGAAAAGGAGAGAAAAUGACCAUAAGUAUCCAGGAGCACAUGGCCAUUGACGUCUGCCCCGGCCCCAUCAAACCCAUCAAGCAGAUCUCUGACUACUUCCCCCGCUUCCCUCGCGGGCUCCCCGCCGCCGUUGGCCGCAGCAGCACCCUGCGCUCUGCCGUCAGCCAGCCCUCCGUCAGCCCCGCUGAGGCUCCCCGAGAGGAGGACGAGGACGUGGACCAUCUCUUUGGAGCCUAUGGCACGACGCCUGCCGAGCAGCCAGCUAAGCACCAGGCACCCGAGGAGGUGGUGGAUCCCGAGGGCUACGAGUCCGACGACUGCACCACGCUGGGCACAUUGGAUUUCAGCUUGCUCUAUGACCAGGAGAACAACGCUCUCCACUGCACGAUCAAUAAAGCCAAGGGGCUGAAGCCGAUGGACCACAAUGGUUUGGCAGAUCCAUAUGUCAAAUUGCACUUGCUUCCUGGAGCCAGUAAGGCGAAUAAGCUGAGAACCAAAACGCUGCACAACACCCUGAACCCCACCUGGAACGAGACCCUCACCUACUAUGGCAUCACCGACGAGGACAUGAUCCGCAAGACCCUGAGGAUCUCAGUCUGUGACGAGGACAAGUUCCGCCACAACGAGUUCAUCGGGGAGACGCGGAUCCCACUCAAGAAACUGAAGCCCAACCAGACCAAAAACUUCAACAUCUGCCUGGAGAAGCAGCUGCCGAUAGAUAAAACAGAGGACAAGUCGCUGGAGGAGCGUGGCCGGAUCCUCAUCUCGCUCAAGUACAGCUCACAGAAGCAGGGGCUGCUGGUGGGCAUCAUCCGCUGCGCCCACCUGGCCGCCAUGGACGCCAAUGGCUACUCCGACCCCUACGUCAAAACUUACUUGAAACCAGAUGAGGACAAGAAAUCAAAGCAUAAGACAGCAGUGAAGAAGAAGACACUGAACCCCGAGUUCAACGAGGAGUUUUGCUAUGAGAUAAAGCAUGGAGACCUGGCCAAAAAGACCUUGGAAGUCACAGUGUGGGACUACGAUAUUGGGAAAUCAAAUGAUUUCAUAGGUGGUGUGGUGCUGGGCAUCAACGCCAAGGGCGAGCGGCUGAAGCAUUGGUUCGACUGCCUGAAGAACAAGGACAAGAAGAUCGAGCGCUGGCACACGCUCACCAACGAGCUGCCAGGGGCCGUCCUCAGCGACUGA